AUGUCUACAAUGUCUUCUACAGCAUCACCACGACCUAAACCUUGGGAAACAAGCGCACCCUUAGAUGAACCACGACCUAACCCUCCAUCAUUAGAAGCGAUGAUGACUUCGCCCCAGCAGGACUUUAGUCAAAACGAUAAUAACAACAACAACAGUUCAAACGAAUCACCUCCUGAAGCCUUACCGCGGCCUAUGGCGCUAAAUUCUUCCAGCACGUUUGGAGAACCGAACACGAUGCCAGGCAUGUACGGCAAUAGCAAUUACAGCAUGCCCUACGAUAACAACCCGUAUGGCAUGAAUUCCGUUUAUGGAAACAGCAUAGGUAGAUACGGAUACGGGGGUUCUUACUAUGGUAACAACUAUGGAUCCCUUUAUGGCGGAGGAUACGGUGCGGGAACCGGAUAUGGAAUGAAUAAUGGCAAUGGACUAGGGGAGUCAACAAAGGCCACAUUUCAAUUAAUAGAAAGCCUGAUAGGAGCGGUUACAGGAUUUGCCCAAAUGCUAGAAUCCACAUAUAUGGCUACACACAACUCUUUCUUCACCAUGAUAUCAGUAGCAGAGCAGUUUGGUAACUUGAAGGAAAUGUUAGGUUCAUUUUUUGGGAUUUUCGCUAUAAUGAAGUUUCUUAAGAAGGCUCUCUAUCAUGCUAGUAAAGGUAGAAUAGGAACACCACCUAAAGAAGCCACAAGCCUUGGGGAAGACAAAAAUAAACUAAUCGAAGAUUUCCAAAGGUUUAAUGAAUCAGGCUCAGCAAGCCCUCAUGGCAAAGCUGCAAGAAGAAAAAUAUCAUGGAAACCGUUAAUAUUUUUUUUAAUGGCCGUAUUUGGUUUCCCAUACUUGCUAAACAAAUUUAUUGCUAAAGUACAAAACUCUGGAGCCAUACAGGCGUCACAAGGAAAUGGUGGUGAGCCUAUUGAUCCUUCUAAGUUAGAAUUUGCCAGAGCAUUAUAUGAUUUUAUUCCAGAGAAUCCGCAAAUAGAAGUUGCUUUGAAAAAGGGUGACUUGAUGGCUAUUCUAAGUAAGAAGGAUCCCCUCGGUAAGGAUUCCGACUGGUGGAAAGUAAGGACAAAAAACGGUAGUAUUGGUUACAUUCCCUAUAACUACAUCGAAAUCAUAAAAAGGCGGAAAAAAAUUGAGCAUGUUGAUGACGAAUUGUCUACAUAUUAG